GGAAAGGAAGGACCGGAAGUGUAAGAAAAUUUGAACUUGACGAUUGACCGAUUGUCAAAGACGGAAUGAAAGAAACACAGAGAUGAUGAGAUCUAUCAGACGGCUGAUAAUUACUCAUUUCUUCCAAUACGAACCACCCCAAAUCGCAAGAACCCUUGAAAGCUCGACCCACGGGCGCCAAAAACCUCCAAAACAUCAUCACAAAAAUAUACAUUACACACGCAUACACAUCUCCAAAUCAUUACUAUUAAGAUACACAAAUAAAACCCUGCAUCUGGAUUUCAAUUUCUUGGAACGCCCACACCCUCGAUUUCGCGAUUCAUGGCCCUCGAAAAUAUUGUCAAAGAAGCAUUGAACGCACUCUAUCAUCACCCAGAUGAUGCCGUUCGCUCUCAAGCCGAUCAAUGGCUUCAAGAGUUCCAACGGACAAUCGAUGCUUGGCAGGUGUCUGAUAAUUUGCUUCACGAUGCUAGUAGCAAUGUGGAGACUCUAAUUUUCUGCUCACAAACUCUCAGAAGUAAGGUGCAAAGAGAUUUUGAAGAAUUGCCUUCUGAAGCAUUUCGUUCACUACGCGAUUCUUUAAAUAACUUGUUGAAAACAUUUCACAAGGGCCCACCAAAAGUUAGAACUCAGAUUAGUCUUGCUGUUGCUGCAUUAGCUGUUCAAGUUCCUGCUGAAGAUUGGGGAGAUGGUGGCAUAAUGAAUUGGCUUAGAGAUGAGAUGAAUUCAAAUCCUGAUAUUGUUCCAAGUUUUCUAGAGCUACUCAGAGUCUUACCUGAGGAAGUUUUUAAUUACAAAAUAGCUGCACGUCCUGAAAGGCGAAGAAAAUUUGAAAAUGAACUUGCCUCUACAAUGGAUGUUGCUCUUGGGAUUUUGACUGCAUGUUUAAAUAUUCCAGAAUUAAAAGAACAGGCUCUUGAGGCUUUUGCAUCUUGGCUUCGACUAAGACAUAGGAUACCUGCAUCUGUUCUUGCUACACAUCCAUUGGUGUUAACAGCUCUCUCUAGCUUAACUUCUGAUGUGCUUUCAGAGGCAGCUGUAAAUGUGAUUUCUGAAUUGAUACAUUACACAUCUGCAAGAAACAUAGAGGGGUUUUCUGUUCAUAUGCCCUUAAUUCAAGUUAUUGUGCCACAAGUUAUGAAUCUGAAGCCACAACUUAGAGAUUCUUCAAAGGAUGAGGAAGAUGUUAAGGCCAUUGCUCGAUUAUUUGCUGAUAUGGGUGAUUCCUAUGUUGAAUUAAUAGCAACUGGUUCUGAUGAAUCAAUGAUGAUUGUUCAUGCAUUACUUGAAGUUGCUGCACAUCCAGAAUAUGAUAUUGCUUCCAUGACAUUUAACUUUUGGCACAAUCUUCAAAUUUGCUUGAUAGAGAGAGAAUCCUAUUUAUCACUUGGCAAUGAAUCAUUAAUUGAAGCAGAGAGAAAUAGACGUGUGCAGGUUUUUCGUUCAUCAUAUGAAUCACUUGUAUCCAUGGUUAGUUGCAAAGUUCAGUAUCCUCAGGAUUACUCUCAGCUUUCAAAAGAAGACCAAAAGGAUUUCAAACAGACAAGAUAUGCUGUUGCAGAUGUCUUAAUUGAUGCAGCAUUAGUUUUAGGAGGUGAAGCCACACUUAGAAUUCUAUACAUGAAGCUUGUUGAGGCUCUAAGUGGACACCAAAAUGGUGAUAUGAUGGAUUGGAGACCUUCAGAGGCUGCAUUAUAUUGCAUCAGAGCCAUAUCAGAUCUUGUCCCCUUCAUUGAAGCAGAAGUGAUGCCUCAGAUUAUGUCUUUGCUUCCGAAACUUCCUCAUCAAUCACUAUUACUUCAAACAGUAUGUUUGACAGUUGGAGCUUAUUCCAAGUGGAUUGAUGCUGCACCAAAUGGAUUGUCUUUUUUGCCCUCAGUCAUUGAUAUUCUUGUCAGUGGCAUGAGUAUGUCUGAAGAGUCUGCAGCAGCUGCUGCAUUGGCUUUCAGACACAUAUGUGAUGAUUGUGGGAAAAAGCUGUGUGGAUCUUUAGAUGGUCUUUUCCAGAUAUACCAAAGGGCAAUGACUGGUGAAGGUUCUUUUAAAGUUGCAGCUCAAGAUUCAUUGCAUUUGGUUGAAGCCUUAAGUAUAGUUAUUACAGAGCUUCCUCCUGAUCAGGCUAAGAAAGCCCUUGAGGCUCUUUGCAUACCUGCAGUUGCAUCUUUACAGGAAGUGAUCAAUCAGGGUCCUCUGGUUUUGGGUCAAAAACCUGCUCGUGAAAUCACUGUUCAUAUUGAUCGGCUUGCAAAUAUAUUUAGAUAUGUAAAUAAUCCGGAAGCUGUUGCGGAUGCAAUUCAAAGACUUUGGCCACUUUUCAAAGCCAUCUUUGAUAUUCGUGCUUGGGAUAUGAGGACAAUGGAAUCACUCUGUAGGGCAUGUAAACAUGCUGUGAGAACAUCAAAGAGGUUUAUGGGAGUGACAAUUGGAGCAAUGCUUGAGGAAAUACAAGGGCUAUACAAACAACACCACCAACCCUGUUUCUUAUAUCUCUCUAGUGAAGUUAUAAAGAUAUUUGGAUCUGAUCCUUCUUGUGCGGAUUACUUAAAAGUAUUGAUUGAAUCUCUGUUUAGCAACACAGCUUGUUUGCUUACAAAAAUCCAGGAUUUCACAUCCAGACCAGAUAUAGCCGAUGAUUGUUUCUUGUUGGCUUCAAGAUGCAUUCGCUAUUGCCCUCAUUUGCUGUUUCCAUCUCCUGUAUUCCCAUCAUUGGUGGAAUGCUCAAUGAUCGGAAUCACAGUUCAACACAGGGAGGCAUCAAAUUCUAUACUAAGCUUCUUAUCGGACAUAUUUGACCUUGGAAAAUCAAGUCAAGGGCAACAAUUUGUUCCCAUGAGGGACAAUGUAAUUGUCCCACGAGGUGCCAGCAUUACAAGAAUCUUGGUUGCUGCUGCAACCGGGGCCCUCCCAAGUUCAAGAUUAGAAACUGUGGCAUAUGCUCUGCUGGCGUUAUCGAGGGCAUAUGGGUCAAAAGCUUUGGAGUGGGCCAAAGAGAGUGUGUGUUUGAUUCCGGUUUCUGCUGCAACAGAUAUGGAAAAGUCAAGAUUUGUGCAGGCGUUGUCUGAUGCUGCAUCGGGUGUUGACAUCAAGGGAUUGACGAUUCCGAUUGAAGAGUUGUCUGAGAUAUCAUGGGAAUUGGGAAAAAAGGAAAAAAGGUUUGUUGGAAUUGUUUUCCCUGAAAUUUUGGUUGAGGUGUUAUCGCUUGCAAUUUUCUUUGUAUGA